AUGAACCGUACUGACUACAUUAGAGAAGUUCACCGACAGCUUGAAAACGACCAAUAUUAUAAGAAACUUGAAAAUAAUCCAACUGAACAAUUUAAAAAAGAAAUCUAUGAGGAAAUUUAUCAAAUGGAUAAUAUAAGUUACUCUAUUAAAGAAUCUUUGGUUCCUGAUAGUGACAAUAGAGUUCCAGCUUUUUAUAUUUUACCUAAAAUCCAUAAACAAUUCAAUUCUGAUCUACCACUCGGUUACCCUGGAAGACCAAUAGUAUCUGGAUGCGGUUCAUUAACUGAAAACAUAUCAUCGUAUGUCGAUAAUAUACUCAAACCACACAUGGAAGCAUUACCCUCAUAUGUCAAGGAUACUACAGAUUUUAUCAGAAAAAUACAAAACAUAACAAAUAUUUCAACAGAAUCAUUCUUAGUUACAAUGGAUGUAUCAUCUUUAUACAGUAAUAUACCUUAUAAUGAUGGAAUCAAAGCAUGUCAGUACUACCUUAAUCAGAGAACAGGACAACAACAUUCAGUUAAAGACAUUUUACAUCUUAUUGAAAUAGUGCUUACAAAAAACAACUUCCAGUUUGGUGAUGAUAACUAUAUACAACAUUUAGGAACAGCUAUGGGAACUUAA